UCCUCAGUUGUGUAUUUCUUUCGGUUGAAUUUCCUUCUCAGUCCUCUUCGCUCGAUUGCUUAGUCGCGACGAGAUCUCGGAAACCCCUGAAAUCGCCUCCAGGACCGAUGGGCGUCUCCUUUAAGGUCUCAAAGGUCGGGACGAGGUUCCGCUCGAGACCUGCUCCUCGCCAGCUGCCGGAAAAUGGCGCCGCCGACGUCUCCGACAAUUCGAAGGGAACCGCUGGGAGUGCCGAGGGUAAGACAAACCCACCAUGCAAACAAACAUUGGACGAUUCAUCAGUUUCUUCUAAAGCCAAAUUUAUAUCCCGAGAUGAAGAAGUAUCCGUUGUAUUGCACCUGUUCACCGAUGGAUAUUCCAUAGGAAAACCCUCAGAGAAUGAGAAUUCACAGGAUCUUACAAAGUCUUUACGGCCUUACAACAGGACAUCUCAAAGUCUCUUUUCUGCAAUUGAAUGUGGUCGGAUACCUGGAGAUCUACUGGAUGGUUUGCCUUGCAAGUACGUCGAUGGUUCAAUCAUUUGCGAGGUGAAAGACUACAGAAAAGCUACAUCUCAACAAGGUCCUAAUGCACCAACAAUUGAUAGUUCUCCCAUUGCUACUAAAGUAAGACUCAAUAUAUCCUUGGAGAAUGUUGUCAGGGACAUCCCAUUGAUUUCAGAUAGCUCAUGGACUUAUGGUGAUCUGAUGGAUGUUGAGUCAAGGAUACUUAAGGCCUUGCAACCACAACUUUGUCUGGAUCCUACUCCCAAGCUCGAUAAGCUAUGCAAUGAGCCAAUUCCACCUGAGCUCAAGUCGGCUUUGUCUAGUGCUCGUAAGAAGAGAUCGAGACAGCUACCUGAGAUAGCUGUGACUUCGAGUAAUAGAAUCCAUGGUAAGAAAGUAUGUAUAGAUCGUGUCCCAGAAGGCUCUGAUUGUAGGUUGGGUGACUCGGGGAUGGUUGCACCAAAUGUAAUGCAGCAAAAUGUUCCAGAGAACCUUGCUGUCCAAAGUAUUGGCCUGAGCAAUACAUUGAAUGCAAGUCCAAGAGGUUUAAUGUCCGAUGCAUCAUUUCCUGGAUUGCCAUUAGUUGCCCACCAACAGAGAUAUCAGAUGAUGGUUGGUAACUCUAGAGGUAUGAUGGAUCGGGGAGCUUCCCCUGCUGCACAGGAGAUGAUGAUCUCUUACUCUGAUAACAAUAAUAAUUCUCCUUCUCUUCAUGGGAGGAGAGAGAAUCAAGAGGGCCCAAUGUCACCACUAUCAAGCAGUAAUACUCAUAAGAGAGCACGACCUGCCUCUGGUGUCCCUGAUGCAAUUCAACAGCAGCAAUUAGGACAGCAAAUGGACAACCUUCAUGGGUCAGAUAUGAACUGGAAGAAUUCAUUGUUACAGCAGCAAGUACUGGCUCGAGGAAUUCAGUAUCCCAAUGCUGCCUUGCAGAAGUAUCCUCCUCAGCAGUAUUCUGAAGGGAUGCUAAAGACUGAGCCUGGGAUUGGCUCACUACCCUCAGGACUUCAGGGGAUUAGAUAUGGAUCAAUGGAUCAACAGUUGGAUGCACAGAAAUUGGUCGGAUCAGAGCCAGUUCAGAUUAAUAAGAAUGAUAUAUCUGGCAUGGAAAUAGAUAAGGAACGUCUUGACCUUCAGCAACAAAAUCAACAGCUUCAACAGAGGUUGCAUCAGAAUCCAAUGAUGAGGGCCGGGUUCUCUCAGGCACAGUGGAGUAACAUGAAUCAACCCUUUGAGAGUAACUUAAAGAAGGAGGAGCAGCUGCAGAAGAGGAAAUCGGUGCAGAGCCCUCGGGUAUCAGCUGGAGCCCUAGCUCAAUCUCCAAUAUCAUCAAAGUCUGGGGAAUUUUCCAGUGGUUCACUGGGUCCUGCAUAUGGAGCGGUCAAUCAAAUGACUGGAAUACCACAUAAAGACAAGUCUCUGGUGACCUCAGUUUCUGCUGUUGGAGCGGCUGGAUCCAUUACUUUGAGUGCAAAUGAUUCAGCUCAGAGACAGAGCAUACCUCAGGCUGGUGGGAAACGCCGGUCAAACUCCCUACCUAAGACUCCAGCGAUCAGUGGGGUUGGUUCUCCAGCUAGUGUGAGCAAUAUCAGCAUUCCAUUAAAUGCAAACAGCCCUUCUAUGAGCACACCUCCUAUGGCUGAUCAGUCUGUUCUUGAAAGGUUUUCGAAGAUUGAAAUGGUCACAAUGAGGUAUCAACUCAACCAGAAAAAAGGUAAGGGGGACGACUAUCCAAUCAGGAACCCUGGGCCUUUUCCUACUGACGGUUUGAUGUUAGGCCUCUCUAACAUCUCUUCAAAUGAGGAUUUCAAAGAUGACUCCUGCACAAGACCACUGUCAAAAUUGCUUCUGGGAGGCAGCAUGAAUACGUGCAAGACUAGAUUACUAAAUUGUGUGCUGGGAGAUCGUGUGGUCCAAGGUACUGUUGUCUCUUUUAUUCCAAAGGCACGGAGCAGAAUGAUCUUGUCAGAGAAACCGAGCAAUGGUACUGUUGCCAUUGCUUAUGGAGAAAUGGAAGAAGGGGAUCUUCUGGAAGCAGAGGAACAUCUUCCAACAUUGCCAAACACUCAUUUGGCUGAUCUGCUUGCGGCACAAUUCAAAUCACUGAUGGUGAAGGAAGGAUAUCAUGUGGAAGAUCACACCCUAUCGAAGCCGAUCCACAUGAAUCAUCACCCAGCAAGCAGUCAAUUAGGCAAUACCGGGAUCCCUCAGAGUAAUUCUACAGGUCAAAUCCCACAGUUUGCUGAAGGAGUUCCCGGACAACCGCCCAACGAACUGUUAAGUCCAGCUAAUGGUGGAAAUGCGUCUCUGAACCCCUCACAGAAUAUUUUAGCAAAUUCCAGGAUGCUUCCUCCUGGGAACCCACAAGCACAUCAAAUGUCUCAAGGCCUUAUGCCUGGGGUUUCCAUGGCUGCGAGGCCACAGCAGAUGGAUCCGCAGCAAAAGCCACAGCAGCCCCAGCAGCAACAGCAGCCACCACAACAGAAUCAGAACCCAAUGAUUCAACAGCACCCUCAGUUCCCAAGAUCGCCUAUGAUGCUCCCUUCAAAUCCUCUCUCUCACUUGAAUGCCAUUGGACAGAACUCAAAUGUUCAGAUGGGUGACCCCAUGAACAAGCCCUCCCAGCUGCAGCUUCAUCUGCUGCAGCAGCAGCAGCAGCAGCAGCAGCAGAAUCAACAGCAGCAGCUGCCGCCGUCCCAGAUGCAACGGAAGAUGAUGGGGAUUGCCAGCAUGGGAAUGGGGGGCAACUUGGUUGGUCUUGCAGGCUUUGGUAAUCCGAUGGGCAUUGGGGGUCCAAGGGGAAUAGGAGGGCCCGGGAUUUCUGCAUCAAUGGGUCCCAUGUCGAACCUUGGUAAUGUAGGUCAAAACCCAAUGAAUCUUGGCCAAGCCUCAAGUAUCGGCAAUGCAAUAAGCCAGAGGCUCCAGUCUGGAACUCUAACCACAGCACAAGCUGCUAUGGUGGCCAAAAGGAUGAUGCAGUCCCGAGCAAACGUGUUGGGCGGCCCGCAGUCUGGCAUGAGUGGCCUUCCAGGAGCCCGACAGAUGCCUCUAGGCUCUGCAGGUUUGUCGGUGCUGGGACCAAGUAUGAACAUGCCCAAUAUGGGAGCGAUGCAGCGGCCAGCAGUGGGGCCAAUGGGCCCUCCGAAGAUGCCAGGGAUGAAUCUUUAUGUAAACCAGCAGCAGCAGCAAAUGCAAUUGCAGCAGCCACAGCAGCAGCAGCAACAGCAGCAGCAGCAGCAGAUGCAACUUCAACAGCAGCAGCACAUGCAGCUUCAGCAGCAGCAGGCACCACAGAAGCUGAACCAGCAAGAGACUAAUUCUCCCUUACAGUCUGUCGUGUCGCUGCCACCACCAUCUCAAAUGGGCUCACCUCCGAAUCCAAUGGGGAUGCCACAGCUGAGCCCACAGCAGCUUCAGCAGCAGGCACCCCAGCAACAACAGCAGCUGCCACCGCAGCAGCCUCAGCUACAGCCUCAGCAGCAGCAGUCUAGCCCACAGCAGAUGAGCCAGCGAACUCCAAUGAGCCCGCAGCAGAUCAGCUCCGGAGCAAUUCACCCCAUGAGCGCGGGUAACCCAGACGCCUGCCCCGCGAGCCCCCAAGUCAGCUCUCAGAGUCAGACCCUUGGCUCAGUUGGCAGUAUAAAUAAUUCUCCCAUGGAUGUACAGAACAAGAGCAACUCAAUGGGCAACCGAUAAGCGGUGAAAUUAUUAUCCCUCUGGAAGACUUUGAGCAAUGUUUUUUCCUAGACCUGAUCACUGCUCAGAUGCUUUCCGAACAAGAAACAAGAAGGAACCUUUCGGUUUCCAAGUACUCUUUGUUUGGGAUGAAGUUGAUAGGAUAAGAUAACUCUGUGACAGCAACUUACAUUUUGGUAUUGUAGCUUUUUGAACCCGGUUGUACAUAUCGCAGUAGUAUUAUUUGUUGUAGUAAACUACUCUGUACAUCAAAGCUGAUCCGGUGAAUGUGAAAAAAGAUCAUUGAUUCAUCGAA